AUGAAAUUUUUUGAAGGCGAUAUUCAAAAUGCUAUUUCUAAACGAAAAAUUUUUUCCUCUGCAUUUAUCGUUUUUGUCGAAGCCAAAGACGAUGAAUCAGCAAAGUUUCGAAAAGUUUUAGAAGAAGAAAAUUUGAUUUCCGCGAAGGAUUACAUAGCAUUUCGCGUCAUUUUCCAGUCCGAAUCAUUUAAACAUUUUUCGGCCAUUUACGGCGCGGUACCGGUACCCAGUUUAUUUAUAAUUGGCAACGACGGUGAACCGAUAAGAGUUUUAUCAACUUUUGAGUCCCGCAACGAAUUAUAUAAAUUAAUAAAAGAAGCUUUGGAAAUUCAUAAAAACGAUUCAUUGGCUCAAAAAAGGAAUGAACGCUCUAAAAUUGAUAAUUUCACACAAAUUUUGCUUAAACUUUCAAGGGAUUCUCUUCAAGUUAAAGAACCGUUUCAAAUGAUCAUUCCAUUUCCAAGGAAAGUGUUCACUGCUGAAGAGGAAGGAAAAACUUUAGUCGAACUUGAACUUUGUCCUACGUCUACCAUUCUAAUAGUCACUCCGGAUAAAUUCAAACUUUUGCCUCCGCAGUUUUUAUCAAAUAUCCUAAUCGCCGUUUUCACGGGUUUAUGUCAAUUCGUUGAAAGUUUUAAGCGAUGGCUUUUGUCUUUCAUAUCGCGUCGUUCCGUCAGAAGCAAUUGA